AUGGGUACCAAGCAAAACUUCAGCCUGCCAACGAUGGUACCGCUAUUAUUGGUAUGUUUUCUAACAGUUGGUACUAUGGCUCAGGCACCGGUACACAGAAGAUUUGAAUACAAACACAGUUUCCGGGCCCCAAGUCUUGCUCAACGGGAUGGAUCGAUACCGUUUUGGACUGUAACUGGUGAUGCUAUUGCUUCGGGAGAGCAACUUCGGCUUGCUCCAUCGAUGAGGAGUCGAAAAGGUAUUGCAUGGAACAAACGGGCGAUGAUAGAAUCAGAAAAUUUUGAAAUACAAGCUGCAUUUAAGAUAACAGGUCAGGGUAGAGUUGGUGCUGAUGGAUUGGCUAUUUGGUACACAGCUCAGCAAGGGACACUGGGGCCUGUAUUCGGAGCGAAUGAUUAUUGGACCGGUAUGGGACUUUUCUUCGACUCUUUUGAUAAUGAUAAUCAGAAGAAUAAUCCUUACGUAGCCCUUAUGAUGAAUGACGGUACUAGAUCAUAUGAUCAUCAAACUGAUGGUGCGCAGCAAAUGUUAUCAGGUUGUCAAAAGGGCUUCCGCAACAAGCCUUUCCCAAUACAUGUUAAGGUUGAAUACAUAAAAAAUGUUCUAACUGUGCUUAUUUCGGAUGGCAUGCAAGCCGUACCGAGAUAUGAACUUUGCAUUCGGGCAGAAAAUAUAUUUCUGCCCAGAAACGGGUAUUUCGGGGUCUCUGCUGCCACUGGUGGGCUCGCUGACGACCACGACGUUAUUGACUUUAGUGUAUAUUCAUUAUAUCUUGAGCAACCGAGGGCUGAGAGUGAAGUAAAAUUACCCAAAGAAGAAAAGGAGAAGUACGAUGAAGAAUUUGAGCGCCAAAUGAAAGAUUUUGAGAAAGAGCGUCAGAAGUACAAGGAACAGCACCCAGAAAAGGCUAAGGUUGAAGAAGAAGAAGAUUUGUCGAAGUUUUAUGAAGAUGCGACACAGCGGGAAUUAAGACUCAUUUAUGAAAGUCAGACCACUAUUUACCAGCUAAUGCAGCAAAUGGAGCAAAAGUUGAGAGAAAUUCAAACUCAACAGAACGCACAUACUGCUAUGCUUCAACAACAGCAGCAAGCAGGAGCAGUUGCACCGCCGCCACCAGGAGGUCAGCCUCCAGCUGUUUCAAGUGGUUUUACGUAUCAGGAAAAGAAUGAAGCUUUACAGACACUUCGAGAUUUAACUUCAAGUUUGCGAGACAUGAAAAACUAUGUCAAUGAGAUAUUUACGAGAACUUAUAAUAUGGAGCAAAGGGCCGCUCAAGGUGUUGGUGGCGGUAGUCCUCAGCAAGACGCGGCUAUUAAGCAAUACUUAGAAAAUAUACAAAAUGAUGUUCGGCAAGUGCGAGCGAGUCAAAUGGCUCAGAGUGGUAGUAGCACGGCUGGUGGUGGCUGUCCAAAUGUUGUUUGCCUCACAUCCACAUUCUUUUUGGUUAUUAUAGUAUUACAAAGCAGUGCACUAAUUGGAGUGCUAUUGCUCAAGGGAAGGCAGGACAAAGCGAAGUUCUACUAA